GCUUGUCUUCCUUCCCUUCCUUGCCUUGCAAGAUCUCCAUCCGAGUUAACACAUGACAAUUGCAGACGAUCCAUCCAUCGAUCCCUAUAUAUAUAUGUGAGGGGAUGGCACAUUCUUUUUCAUAUCACAUGUCCAAAUACAUUCGUUGCUCGCCAGGCUUUGUCAAACUACAAGUGCACAUAUACAUGCAUCUGCCUUGUGCAACAUUAAGAGAUAGAGUGAAGAUUGUAAUUCCCCUUGGUGCUUCUGGUUUGAGGGAUUCGAUCCAAUGUGGCCCUUUUCAUCGUCUCCUUCUUCAUUGGCUAAAUCCAUGUUUAGCGUCAGCACUCCGGACGCCAUGAUGGACGGGAGCAGCAGCUCGUCGUCGUCGGUGUCUCCGGCGGCGCCGCCGCCGCGCAGCCCGCUCGACGUCGACGAGGAGUACGGCCGCGCGUUCAAGUCCAGGUCCUUCCUCGACCUCUGGUCGCACGCGCACCGCAGCUUCAGGCAGACAUUCAAGCUCUCGUCCAGGCCCAGCACCAGCCUCGAAAUGCUCGACGACGGCGCUGCGGCCCUGGAUAAGGAGCCGUCGUGCUCCUACACAAUUCUCGACGAUUUCGAGCUGGAGCCGAGACCGGAGGCGCUCGCCCGGGCCGCUGGGCGUCGGCACCGGCGCCGGCGUCGGUGGGGGUGCCGCCGCCGCCGCCACCACGUGGAGGCGCUCCUGCUGGAGUACUUCGACGUGACGAGGGACGCCUGCGAGGCGUGCUCCGCGCUGCUCGCCGCCGUGGGAGCCGCGCGCAGGCACCACCUCGUGCUCCGCCGCCUGCUCCACCGCCUGGACGUCGAAGGUGACGGCGACGAUGACAACACUACCACUGCCACGAGGGACGCCCUUGUGCUGCACGUCCGCGAGGAUAACCCGCUCUCGCCGGCCGGUGGCCGGCUCGACGGGUUCGACGAGGCGCACGCGCGCUGCGCCCCGCUCUCCAAGCGCCUCGCCGCGGCGCGCCGCCGGCUGAGGAGGCUCGCCAAGAUGGCGCACUUCGCGCGGUGCGCGGCCGCGACCGCAGUCGUCGGCGCGUCGGCCACGGCCGUGGUGGCCGCGGUGGUGUUCGCCGCGCACGCUGUCAUCGGCGUGGGCGCGGCCGCGGCGGUGGCCUUCUGCGCCACUAGCACCAGGCCCGUGGCAUGCCGGACGAACGCCGUCAAAAAGCUGGCCGGCCGCCUCCAUGGCAGGCGGCGGCGGUGGCACGCGCGCGCGGGUGAGGCGGCAGUGGACGCGGCGGCGCGGGGAGCGUACAUCGUGGGGCGCGACCUGGACACGGUGAGCCGCAUGGUGCGGCGCGCGCACGACGAGCUGGAGCACGGGCGCGACAUGGCGCGCAUCGCGGUGUCCGGGCACGGCGAGCGGCCGCUGCUGCAGGAGGUGGCGCGGGAGGAGGAGGAGUGCGGGGAGGACCUGAGGUCUCAGCUGGAGGAGCUGGAGGAGCACGCCUGCCUCUGCCUCAUCACCAUCAACCGCAGCCGGAGGAUGGUGGCGCAAGAGAUGGAGCGCCCCGGGUCGCCGUCAGGGACGGCGACGUCCCAAGAUUAAUUCCUUUUAGUGGACAUGAGUGUUGUUGCUGAUUAAUAAUUUGCUUAUGUGUAUUUUUUUCCUUCUGAUUCAAGGGAUGGUAGCAUGACGAAUAAAAAGUGUUUCUUUUUUUUGUGCAUUACCAGAAACUA